AUGGACUUUAUGUUUCACGGGGCAGAGGAUGGAAAUACCAUCAUUCAAACAUCGGAAGAUGGAAGUCGGUCUAUUAGGUCCGACGACAGGGCAUUUGAUAUUGCAUAUCGACAGGUGUGGCUAUGCGCGCUGCGUGUCAGCGGUGGCAGCCCAGGACAUAGUAAGCGCCCAGCAGUGCUUCGCGCAUGGGAUCACCCCCAUGCCCAGUAUCGCCUAUCUCAGCUCGCCCAUCAAGUGGGCUUUCGUUCGGACCGAAUAGCACUGUCCAUCGCCAGUGAUACCCAGCCGGAAUCCCCGCUUUGGGAUGCAUUUGAGGUAGAAAAGGAGCCCGCCCUGAAACGUUGUGGAAUCCCAUAUGUUGUUACAUUCAAGACGGACAGGGAAGUCCUUUUCCUUGACCGUGUGGGUGCGGAUCUGGGAGAAUGUGGGAAGCUUCCAUCUUCUUUUAUACUCUGUGACAUUUAUCAUUCCUUCUUUGGCCUCUUGCAGGAUAUUCAGGUAGAUGAACAGCAAGCGAGCGAUCCAAAUGCUGCACCUGGUGAUGCUUUCGGUGAGCCUGUUCAUAGUCAUAACGGCCCCGCAAGUGCAGAUACUUCCAAUCCGGGCCAUGAAACCCCUGCGGCCCACACAGAACCCCCGUCCGAAUCUAGACCUAUGUCUCCGGACGCACAUAGGGAUAGCUCUACCACGGCAAGUUCUACUCCCGCAGCUGCAACCGAGAAUCCGGGCCAUGAAACCCCUGCGGCCCACACAGAGCCCCUGUCCGAAUCCAGACCUAUGUCUCCGGACGCACAUAGGGAUAGCUCUACCACGGCAAGAUCUACCCCUGCAGCUGCAACCGAGAUGCCUGCCGCCACACCAACACAAACCAGCGGUGGAAACCCAUCGGCUACUUCCAUACCUCGCGACGAGCCGGCAACAUCGGCUCCUAAUCCUGCGCCACCAGUGAACCUGGGAGAUCGAGAUCAUAGAACGGAGCGGAGUACGGAGCUGGAAGAAAUACAGAAAACCCUCCAAGCCCUUCAUAACGAUCUUCAGCACGAUCUACGGUGCACCGAUGGUGGGGACGCGAGUCUCGGUGAGAUACGAGAGGCCUGUAAAUAUUUUGCUUGGCCAGACGCCUCCGAUGCAAUGGAUAUGGAGCAAGACGUGAUAGAUAAUAUAGAAAAGAUAAGGAAAAGCUCGGCGGCUUUUGAAAGUAAGAUCGAUGAGACGAAGAACAAGCUGAAGGAUCUCAGGUCACAUGUCAUCAACACAGACAGGAAAGUUCAAGAACAAGUGAAUCGCAUAGGUCUCUGCGAGCAGGGGUCCACUGAAAUAGACAAUACCUCGAACGCUCUUCAGGAAGCCGAAAAGGUGUACAAUGAAGCCUGUCAUGAAAGGCAAGCCGGAUUACGACGUUGGAGCCUUCUAGAGCAGGCCUUUCGAGGGUUAUGGUGUGAACUUGGUAACUUGCAGAUCCUUCUGCACGUCAUGUGCAUCGGUGGUCUAUUGAACGCCUCUCUCUUAUAUUCUGAAAAGGUAGGUCAACUUUGCACGUGGGAGAAUUACCUUUAUGAGAAAUUUGGUGACUCCGAUGAGGGGCAUUGCUUGAGGCUCAGUGCUCUCGAUCAAGCUUCAGGCUGCCUUGCUGGAUUACUUGCUAGUCUGCAGCAAACAUUGAAAGAAGUACAAGAUCUAAAAACUGAAGUGCCCUCCCACCUAAUGGGACGCGACAUGGUGCUGCAUUGUUCUACGAGGCUCAAAGAUUUUCGCCACGAGUCUCAAAAGACCUUUGUUAGAUGGAAACUGACUGUCGAUGACACAAAUCGCGGUAUCAUGGAUAAGUAUGGCCCUGUAGCGUUGUCGCAUGGAAGAGAGUUGGUGGGCGCUACAAAUUUCACCACUCGAUCCUGUGAGGACAUAGCUUCGAAGCUUGCUAAUCUCCGAAGCCUCCACACUUCUAUGCUUAAUAUGCUCAAUUCGGAGCAAUCCUUUAGCAGCUUCCUCGACCAUGAGGCCAGGGAGAGUAUUUUCCAUGUCCCUGAGAAGAUAGGAAGCUGGGACUCUGCGCAUAAUUGGAUUCAGCAGAGACAAGCUGCUUGCAUUGACGAUGAAGGACAGGUCAAGACCUUUUCGUCGCGACUGGAACAGCCAGCGGACUUGGAUGCCUUGACUGCCGCAUGUAAAGAGGGGGCACGGCUGGACGCCCACGUGAAAAAAUGUUCCCUAGAGUUACAAGAGUUCAAUACGACCUUGGAAGGCCACUUCCAUGGCUUGAUAGAGAGGCUGCUAAUGCUAGCAAGCGGUCUCAAUUUGAAGGCACAGGAGGCCUCGAAGCAGGUGAUGAAUGGAUCGCAACAUAACAACAUUCACGACCUACAGGAGGCAAUUAAAAUGGCAAAAAGCGCGGAAGCCGAUUCAAAGGAUUGUGUCAGUCUUGCGGAGUCGGUGCAGGCAGUAGCCCAGAAGGGGAAUAUCUCGGAUGAUGCCUGCAGUUCUAUCAAAGUACAAGUUCGAGGGGUGGGUGAAGCCCAGAUCAGCAUCAGUGGAACAGUUUCCGACUUACAAAACACCCUGUCCCAAAAAUUAGUUGAGAGCGUGGAGCCGUUCUUGACGAACAUGAAGCUGAAAUCUGCAGCGGUGCAGCAAAUGGCGACAAAGGUUAACACAAUGAACAACAUGACACUCGCGAAAUGUGCUGUAGGUAUUGUUGUGAGUGUAGAAAAUGCGACUGAGUCGAUUUACCGAAGUGCCGAUAACUUUGCGAUGCAUAUUCCAAAUAACGCUCUCUUUGUGCCGCAUGAGUUCCUCGUGACAGUCGAUACGACAAAAAAGGGUGUUGCGCAGACCACCAGCAUCGCGUUUGGAUUAUAUACGUCCAUUGCAAGUAGUUUGAAGACGACCAUCAAAGAGAAGGCGACUUGGAUCCAGCAAAUACAGAAAGAUGCUCAGGAAUUUGCCAAACAUGGGCAGAGGCAGCAAUGUGGUGAUGCUAUCAAAGGUGCAGAGCUGGCAAUGAAGGAAAUUGUUGGCUACCUUGCUUCCUUAGAGCAGUCAAUGAACUGCGCGAAUAAACAGCAGUCGAAGGUGGAGACGUGCAAACUCGACGGUUGGGCAACUGAGCAAGGCCAACAGGUCUGCUCUCAAAUCAAUCACAUUAUCGCUAGUGCUGUCAAAAAAAAGGAUGGGGCAGAAAUGAUAGUCAAAGACUUGCACCGCACUCUCGACAGCGUAUCCGAACCCACAGGUGGUAGUGAGAUUAGCCCUUUCGCCGAUGGCGUGAGGGCCGAGGCUUUUACGGCGAAUCCUACUAACUCGUCCCCCGAAGUAUUGCAAGAUGUACCUAUGCAGACUGACAAAAUUGCAUGGCAAGGAUUUAUAAGCAGUGCGAAAAGCUUGGUAAGUGAGAUAAACAAGGAAGAAAUAAAGUAUGCCAACGCAUGGCGCGUGUCCGACUUCCAUACGGUGGAGGGGACCAUUCCCGCCAUUAAAAGCUGUGCAAACGAGGCAGAUGGCACGGGCCAAGCUCUGCAUGCGUUACGGUUGUCUCCUGGUGGAGCCUCAGCUGAGGAGGCGAUACAAGAUUGCUCGCAGGUGAUGUUGGCCUCUAUUGCGCUUCUUGGCCAGAUAGUGAAGGAUGUGAAGAAAAACUCCUUCGCUGCGUGUGGCACUCUAGUCACCGAGAGAGACACUGCCAGGAACGCAGCUAGGGCAGAAGAGAAGGAAAAAUAUGGCAAUUGUGUCGAAAAGUGCCACCAAAUGACUGAAUCCAUUCACCGAACAGAAAAAAUUGCCGAGGCCGCACGGUCAGCCGCUGAGGAAAUUCGUGCCCGUUUUGGCCAUACAACCUGGCUUCAAGAAUUACCACGGCACGCCAUCAACACUAUUCAGGAGCAAGACAUACAAGGUUUACGCAGCAAUGUGGCUAAGGCUAAUGGGAUAAAUAUGGAGGCUAAAAUCGCUUGGUGGAUGGAAGCAGCGAGCAGAAAUCAACGCAGAGCGGAAAACGAAUGGGACGUCGCUGAGAGGAAAUUCAAGCUCACAAAUCCAGAUCCGUCGCUGAAGGAAUGGAGCUUAGCCGAAGUCGCUUACAAAUUAGCAUCCGAAGCUUACGAACAAGCAACAUCCCGCCUGUCAGCUUGUGAGGGAACGGAGAGUGAUUUCGAAGUUAGAGCACAACUAUUCGAUAAAGCAUAUUUCAGAGCUCAAGCCGCCGACAAAGCGGCAGAGACAGCCAUAGAGAAACAAGCUACAGGCAGACAUCACAAGCGGAAACUCCAAGAAGUAGAGGAACCGGAAGAGAGUGCUGAUGUUCUCCGACGAGGGAGAACGAAGCAUAUCCGUGUGUUUAAGAUACAGCGAGAGGGUGAAUGGGAAUCAGAGUCUCAUACUGUCAAGCAGGGAGAAUCGUUCCAGAAAGGGAAAGAGCUUACGCGGCGUGGCGUUCUCUACUGCCUUAAUACAGAGAGAACUAAACUUGGGAAUAUAACUGCGGACACAUUUGAAACCUUGGCGAUCAACGGGGAAACUAUUUUUUUUCUUCUGGAGGAUUCUAUGGAAAUUGGCCCUGGAGCUUCCUCGGUUGAAUUGAAGGAUCGAGCUGUCGCGUAUUAUAACGCGGCGCUAAAUGCUUCCCGGGGCUGA